AAUCAAAAGCAAGUAUUUAUGUGACGCCAGACUUGAAUUGGAAUUUCGAAUCACAUAAUCAUUGAUUGAAUGUCUGUUUGUUUGUCUAACUGUUGAUCACUUGGUUGUCAUCUUUGGUCAACUGAUCCCAACAUCACUCAAACUAUGAACUCUUUACCAAAAGAAACUAUUUAUUCCUCGAGAGUAUUAUCCAAACAUCACAACAGUAGUCAUGUGAAUGGCGUUAAAAAAUUUAUAAGCAAUUCGUGUCCAAUAAGUACCAACACAUCUGAGUGUCUGAAGACAUGGAUGUCAUCGAUGUGUUGUUCACAACCAGUGAUCAGUUUAUGUCGUAUUUGUGCUAACAUUGAUUGCAAGGAUACGUGUAUUACUCACAACAAGACAUAUUCCGGUGACUUUCACUGUUUACCCAAUGAAGCCAUAGCUGUAAUACUCUCUAACUUGAACUUCGAUGACUUGUCAUUGAUGGCGAUCACCAAUAAAUGGUUUCGCGAUUUCAUUCUCAAUCACUUUAUUGUAUCCAACUCUGGAUUUCAGACAUUGAUUGGUUCAUUGAAUACCGAAGUGAUAUCAUUAAACACUGAUCCGCAACAUAACUGUCAACCAUUGGAGUCAUUCAAGAAAUUAGGUUUAUUAUUAAAACGAGUGACCUGUUUGUUACCGACAACAGAUCGAAUGGAACUGUUAAUCAAAGUGAUGGACAAACUCAAUGGUAUUCCUAAUUUAAGUAUCAAUGCGGCCGACAAUUAUAAAAUGAAAUAUGUAUUUAAAUGUUUGGGACAAACAUUACACAAAAUGAUUGCCGGUUGGGACGACUCGGAAGUCAAGUUUGUCUAUAAAAUACUUCAAGCGGUCACUCAUAUGGAUCAACGUAUUGAAAGUUUGGCAAAGAGUCCGAUCGGCGCCCGACAGCCCGUAGAGUAUUACGUUCGCUGUUAUUACAGACACGUCUGUCUCAUACCAAUACUACGUAACAAAAAGUUGAGUUAUUGGAUAGCAAACAACAGUAACAAUAUUUCUGAGACAUUGUUUUGGUUGAACCUUAUUUUGAAACCAUAUUCACUGGAAAUGAGGGCCCGAUUAUUGCUUAUAAUAUACGGUCCAAUCAUUGAUGUCGGUCCGCAACAAAAUACUAUCCCAUAUAUUGGUUGGUGGGAUCUGACCGACACUUUCUUUAUCAUGAAAAAAGGUAUCAGAAAUUUAGGUAAUAUUCUGUUUGUACUCUUCAGACAAUCACAAACAGACGAACACAAGAACAAUAUGAUAAAACUGAUUGAUAUAAUUGUGAAAAAACCUCAAAACUGGUUACACGAGAAUAUAGCGACACUGCUGUUCUUUGCUGGCGAUGAUCUCAUAUAUUACUACUUAAUGUCAAAGAUGUCCGCUGAUAGCUAUACAGAAGUGGCAGAAAAUUUGGUUUAUUUAACACACAUUCAUUACAAGAUUACCAAUACUACGAAUUUGGUCUUCAAAUUGAUUGAAAGACUAGCUAUAGGCCAACACAAGUUUAAUCUAAUUAAUGAACUGCCAAUUGCUUUCAAUGAAGCGGUCGCUGAUAUUGAUGGAGCCAUCGAGUUGGAGGACGAAAGAGAUGUCACUGAAUUACAUGAGAUAAUUGCCGCUCAAUCAGAUCUCUUAAAGAAUUCAUUGCAGGUCUCAUUAGGUCUUGACUCAAAUGAGAGUCAAACAUCACCAAUAAGCACAUCCAUCCUAUCCAUCAAUAAUGGCAUUCGAGAGUCGCUUAAUAAAGAGGAAUAA